AUGACACUCCAAUCUUCGAUGCCGACAGCAGCAAAGGCCACAGCACGGAAACCAGAGGUAGCAGCGACGGCACCAGGCUUGGUUUCGGCAGGGUCUCCUGUGCCAGUACCCACUGAAGCUUCGACGCAAGAGGCGGCCGCGUCUCUAGUUGCAAGCCCUGCAGCCAGAGAGACACGUCUCGGGCUGUGUGCUCGUUGCAGCAUCUUCUACAACGAGGAGCAGAUUGAAUUAGGUGGUAAUCAAUGCUUUUCCUGCGGCACCCCUCUUCAGGCAGUGCUGGUGCAAUCAGAGAUAAAGCAACCUGACCGGGCCACGAUCGCUUCCCAAGAGGCGGCCCCAGCCCCAGCAGACAACCUUGCUGAAAGCCCUGACAAGCGCGACAACACGGUGAUGCCAGAUUCUCUUGCCACUCUGGCAGACAGCUUCGAAGAAGCGACACUGCCUGACGGUGAUACACACAUGGAAGACGGCCGGGGCAAUGGUCUUGCAGACAUGGAUGUGGAUACCAAUGAUGUUUCUGCUUCUCAGCAGCCCGCGGCAAAUGCAGAGCAAUUGGCUCUCAUGUUGCAGCUGAUGACUCAGAAACUGCAGAAACUGCAGCCGGACCAUCCUGCCUUGAAUCAACACCGGGUCACUGAUCCCAGUGCCCAUCUGCAGCUGGCACUGCCGCCAGCAAGCGCACCUGCAACGGUGCCUCCGGCUCCAACUCCUGCCACCCAUUUUUUUCCGCGCGAUGGCGAGCUGUCAACACCGACAGCAACCGAUCCCAGUGCCCAGCUGCAGCUGGCACUGCCGCCAGCAACCGCACCUGCAGCUGCAACUCAGGCUGCAAGCCCUGCGACGAUGGUUUCUGAGCCCGGUGCCCAACAGCUGCCUCUGCCGCCAGCAAAUGCUCCGAUGCCAAUCCCUGCCCCACCGAAUCCCAUGAUGCCACCACCUCCCGCAGCACCUGCCAAAGCAGCACCCAGCUGUGGCCCUCCGCCGAAGGCUCCAUGCAUGCAAGUAGCCCUGCAGCCGCCAUCACCACAGAUGCCGCGGGAUGGUGUCUACAACAGCAGCACACAUCCCACUGAAUGGGCAGCCUAUCGACGUUUCUGUGAGAGGAACGAGUGGGCCGGCGAACUGCGGACUGCCUGGCAGUCUUGGUCUCAGUGUGAUGGCAUGGCCAUGGAGGCCGUUAUGCGGUUCAGCAGGCAAAAGGAAGAGGAAGACAAAGACGCGGGAAAAUAUUAUCCAUGGUGGAAAAUCUUGGAGCUCCACAACAACAACGUUGACUCGGCCAACGCCUUCGUCCUUCGACGGAGGGCUGACGAAAUCGCCAUCACCAUGGGCCUGGACCCCGCUUACGCAGCCAGUGUCGCGACCAUGAUCAGCCACAACCCUUUCGGGAAGCAGCAGUCUGCAGCUGCACUCGGAACUCCGGACACAGCCCAGCCUGUCCCUGCCCCGAAAAACAAUAAGGGCAAGGCCGCACAGCCGGGCGUUAAAACGGAAGCAGACGGAGAGGAAACCGCCCAGCCCAAGAAAAAGGCACGAGCUUCUUUGUUUGUGUUCCAACCAUUUACGACCGAGGGCAGCGACAUGGAGGUGCACAUUAUGGAGGCCUCGCAAGAGGGCUGCAACUCCUUUGUGAAAUCCUGGAUCGGUGCGGCAACGACGGCAUCGGGGCUGGCGGUCCGACUGACCGCAGAGUUGGAGCCUCUGGAGAGCCAGGAGCAGCUGAUCAAUUUCAUCAAUGCGGCUGUUUCGGGCAUCACCGAUGGACGCAAGAAAUUGCAGCAACUGGGGACUGCGCCACAGGCCUCUGAUGUGCAAUCGAUUCUGCUGCAAGUUACCCCGUUCGUGGAAGCCUGGAAGAAGCACCAGAAGACCGCGCAGAGCUUGAGUUCUGACUGCACGCACAGCAUGGGCUGCAACAUUGGGAGCCUCUGGUUCCAGACCCCAACACAUCGAACAGAGGCUGCACAGGGCGAUGGAAAGGUUCUGCUGCUGUGUCCCGUCGCCGGGGCGCCUUUGCUGCUGAGGGACCUGAAGACAGACAAGAGAUUGAUGGGGCAAGUGCGCCGCUCUAGGAGCUUCCGUGCUCGCCAGGCUGUUGGGAAGGCGAAAGCCAAAGCACGAGUUGCUGCGCCCAAAAAGAAAUCUCGACUUGUCAAAGAGACCCCUCCUGUGCGCCGGAACUGGCCAGUGUUUCUGCCGCACCAGAUGCUUCAAUCCAUGGUGCGCGCCGGCAUGGUGAACCGCUUGAGUGGUGAUCUCGAUUGGUGUCAAUUCUGGCGCCAGGUCAUAAAAUCGGACCUGUUCGCCUACAAAGACGGGAGGAACCUUACUUUGGAGAAGCUGCAGGAAACCCUAGCGAUGAGCUUGAACAAAUGCAAUUUGCCGGGGGAUGCUUCUACACAGGGCUGGUCUAUGCACUUGGUCGUGCAUAAGGGCGACUGGAAGUUCCGUCGCGAAUGGUUGUGUAUGCAGCGGCACUACAACAACGCCGACUUGAUAUGCCCAAGGUGCCUGGCCUCUGCCCUACCGAAUGCUCAGAAGCCGUGGCUGGAUCCCUGCAGGGAGCGCUUCAACAAUCAAGCCGAUCUCGCGGCGGCGGCUCUGACACGUCUCUUGAAAUUGUCCGUGGAUGCCGUAAGUCUCGAUUUUCCACUGGGCUUUGGAAAAGCCUAUGCAAACCGCGUGAUGGCGGGCCGAAUCUAUGUGGAGACAUAUGCGGCCCUUGCUCAGCAAGCGCUAUUCGAGGGAAGGCCACGCUACAAGAUGCGUCCCAAGACGCAUCAAUUUCAUUGCGAGCUGGUCUUGCGGAUGCUCACUUCAAGAUUAAAUCCAAGAUGGGGCUCGUGUUGGACAGAAGAAGACUAUGUGGGGCAGAUCACAAAGAUUGUGAAGGGCUCCGUACAUUCGUCUUCGAUCUCCCUGCGUGUGUUGCAGCGAUGGCAGCUGCAUUACAACGCGAAGCUUGCAGGGAGCAACUAG